AUGAAAGAAUUGAAACAUGAGAACAUCGUUAGACUGUAUGAUGUUAUUCACACGGAGAACAAGUUAACGUUGGUGUUCGAGUUCAUGGACAAUGAUUUGAAGAAGUACAUGGAUUCGCGCACGGUGGGAAACACACCAAGGGGGCUUGAGUUGAACUUAGUCAAAUACUUCCAGUGGCAACUGCUGCAAGGACUAGCGUUCUGCCACGAGAACAAGAUACUCCACCGUGACCUGAAGCCUCAAAACCUAUUAAUCAACAAGAAGGGGCAAUUGAAGCUGGGCGAUUUCGGUCUAGCCCGUGCGUUCGGUAUUCCCGUGAACACGUUUUCCAGCGAGGUCGUCACACUAUGGUACCGUGCCCCAGACGUGCUAAUGGGAUCCAGGACGUACUCCACCUCAAUCGACAUAUGGUCGUGUGGCUGCAUCCUUGCAGAAAUGAUCACGGGAAAACCACUGUUCCCAGGUACCAAUGACGAGGAACAACUGAAGCUGAUCUUCGACAUCAUGGGUACCCCCACCGAGUCACUAUGGCCGGCAGUCACGAAGCUACCCAAGUACAACCCCAAUGUCCAGCAACGAACACCUAGAGAUCUACGCCAAGUCUUACAACCACACACGAAGGAGCCACUGGACGGGAACCUUAUGGACUUCCUGCACGGUCUCUUGCAACUGAACCCGGACAUGAGACUGAGCGCAAAGCAGGCCCUGCACCACCCUUGGUUUGCCGAGUACUAUCAGCACACCUCAUAA